AAUAACCUAGCCGCCUCGCCUCGUCAUCACGGUCCUGGCUGCUGGCCAAGCCCCGGGCAGAGUAAUGAUUAACUGGGCUUCCUCCGGGAGGGCGGAAACAGUUCAACCUCUGUGACAGCUGCAGUCAGUUAGGCGUGGUUUUCUCGUCUGACUCGGGCUGUGCAGAUCCCGGCCCGAGGGGCAGAGGAAGGACAGCCUCGCCGCCAGAGUCUUCCAGAUGGCCGAGCUGGACCUCAUGGCUCCAGGGCCACGGCCCGGGAUCAGCGCUCACCCUCUGGCCACUGUCAGCCCAGACUCUGGGUCGGCCAGCCCGGCCGAAGAAGAGGACACGGGCUCCCUGGGGAGCCCCCAGGGGGAGCCAGAGGCACAGGACGGCGGCUCUGAAGGGCAGGGGGCUCCAGAUAGCGCCGCUGCUGGGGAGGAAGAGGAGGAGGAGGAGGUCCUAUGUGACUUCUGUCUCGGCACCUGCAGGGUGAAGGCGGUCAAGUCCUGCCUGACCUGCAUGGUGAACUAUUGUGAGGAGCACCUACGGCCUCACCAGGAGAACAGCAAACUGCACAGCCACCAGCUGACCGAGCCCGUGAAGGACCGGGACCUGCGCACCUGCCCUGCCCACCGCAGCCCACUGGUCGCCUUCUGCCGCCCUGAUGGGCAGUGCGUCUGCCAGGAGUGCGGCCAGGACGAGCACAGGGGCCACGCCUUGGUCUCCUUGGAUGCCGCCCGCAGGGACAAGGAGGCUGAACUUCGGGACACCCAGUUAGAGCUGGAACGGAAACUCAGGUUGAAUGAAAACGCCAUCGCCAGGCUCCAAGCCAACCACAAAUCCGUUUUGGUAAGGCUGGCCCAUCUGGGGUUGUGGGACAUGGGGUCACAGGCCCAGCCUCCCUGUCCAUGGGCACCUUGGCGUUUCUCGGCGGAUGGAGAUUAUAGGUAUGGAUACGAUUGGCUAUGCCACAGGAUAGCCUCACCUUGCUGUCAGCUUUUGCUAUGAAAUUAGUUUAAGGUUCAAGACUGGCAAGUGAUUGACUUUUUAAUAAUACAGAGUAGAGCAAGUCUAAUCCUAUAAUAACAACAGUCCUGUUUUUACAUUUGCAUAUGCUUUUCUGACCAGGAGAAAGGGGUGUGCGUAGAAGCAGAGGGGGUAGAACUCCAGGAAUCAGGCAGAGUCUGGGUUUCUUCCAUCAUGGAAGAGUGUUUUGCAUGUGAAUGUCACCAGUCCUGUGUCCUGGCAGCCAGAAAAAAGAGUGGAGAACUGCUUGAUUAGUGGAUGGUGACUUGAUAAGGCCAAUGGUGUGCCCAGAGACUUAGUUUUAGUCUGUCUCGUAUAUGGCCAUUUUCCAUAUAAAGUAUAAGUAGAGCCAAACAGUUCCACAAAUAUUUCUCAGUAGUGGAAAGCCAAUAACCAUCACUCAGAAGAGAAUCCCAAACACCUAAGCUAUGGUAGUGAGUCAGCAGCAGCAUCUUUGCGUACUAUGAAUGAUUCAAUCCAUCUUUCCUUCCUUCCUUCCUUCCUUCCUUCCUUCCUUCCU